GCAGCAUCAACAAGUCCACCCCCUGCCCCCCUCUCCAAAAGCACCCGCACACGCAGCGUCUAGAAGGCAACGACGGCAAGAGACCGUACUCAUGGCCGAGGAGGAGGAGCAGCUGGCGGACACGCCGCGGGUGGUGGGCGUCCUCUCCGCGCUGCUGGAGCGCGUCGUGGAGCGCAACGACGCGGCGGCGGAUGAGCUCACCGCCGGGGACGCGCCCGCGUCCGCGGCGUCGCUGGCACCGGCGUCGGCGUUCCGGGCCACGGCGAGGCCGGACAUCUCGGUGCGCUCGUACAUGGCGCGCAUCGCGCGGUUCGCCGGGUGCAGCCCCGCGUGCUACGUGGUGGCGUACGUCUACCUCGACCGCCUCCUGCGCCGCGGCCGGCGCGGGCGCGCCGCGCUCGCCGUGGACUCGUACAGCGUCCACCGCCUCCUCAUCACCGCCGUGCUCGCCGCCGUCAAGUUCAUGGAUGACGUGUGCUACAACAACGCCUACUUCGCCAGGGUCGGCGGCAUCAGCCUGGCGGAGAUGAACUACCUGGAGGUGGACCUCCUGUUCGCCGUCGGGUUCGACCUCAACGUGUCGCCGGAGACGUUCGGGCACUACUGCGCCGUCCUCCAGGCCGAGAUGCUGUGGCUGGAGCUGGAUAAGACGCCGCCGACUCCUGCUGCUGCUGCGGCCGGUCCAAGGCUCCACAGCUGCUGCCUGUCCGAAGACGACGGCGCCACCACCACCAGCAGCAACAGCGGUAGUUCUCAGCAGCAGCUAGCUGCAUAGAGACAGGUACAAUACAAUACAAAACAUUGCUUCCAAGCAAGCAGCCAUGUGCGGCCACUUGUCCACGUACAGUACAGACGUGCUUGCUUGGAAGCAAGCAUGGAGUGCGCACGUACCGUAGUCCCAAUCACAUCUGCGUGUGAUUGAUUUCCUGUCUAGCGCUUAGCUUUAGCUUGUCAUUAGGCGCCCUCUAUAUGCUCUUCUGUUCUUGUUGUUCAUUUGGAGAUCGAAAAAUCGAAAUGAGCAAUUUAAAUUUCACUCUCCGUAUA